AUGUACACCAUAGUAGCCCGCUUCGGCAUCGGUGUGCUCUACAUCCUCUUCAAAGGCGUGCUAGUUAUGACCAUUGUAUGGAAUAUCACUGUCUGUCUCUCGAAGCUAUCCGUCCUGCUCAUGUACACUUCAAUCAUACCCAACACAUCCAUGCUCGUCAUAUGCCGCUACAUUGGAGCAACAAUCAUCGUUUGGAUAUUAGUGGAUUUGAUCACGGCCUUGUCUAUCUGUAAACCGCUCGCGCAGGCAUGGAAGGAUCCGGAUAAGUGCACUAGCCAAAAUCCGUUCUAUUUUUCCCAGGGCGUGUUGAACCUCAUCAUCGAUAUGGUCAUUAUCGUGCUGCCGAUGCCGUAUAUAUUCCGCCUACGAGUGUCGUGGAGUCGCAAAGUGGUUGCGAUUGUCAUGUUGGGACUGGGCACCGGGACUAUAGCUAUCACGAUCUAUCGCCAGAAGCUACUCUGGAAGCUGGACUUUGACGACAUCCCUAAAACACCGAAUAUAAUCUUUGCCAUGAUUUUGAGCGAGCUGGAAACCGCAGUCAUGAUCCUGGUAGCUUGCAUACCACUCAUGCGUCCUUUAUUCUGGAGGAAUGAGGGCCAAAGCCCACCCAACGGUCGUCACAAUGCGAACAUCUAUGUCGAGGGAGGGCAUUUGGAAAGGGGAAACAAGCGUAGAGGUGCGAGGAAUCUGCAGUUACUUUAUCCGCCGUCUUGGUUCGACAACAAGGACGAUUCGAAGGUUGCGGCGCAGUCAUUGAAGGUUGUGCAUGUCGCGGAUGUGGCAUCUACUUCUGCAACUGAAACAUCUCAGGGUUCAAGCUGCUCUAAAGAUUCUGUCGUCGAUAAAAAAAGAUGGGAAGCACCGAAAACAUGGCAUAUAUCCACAUGA